UAGUUGACUUUACCAUGGCAGAAAAGUUAAAUGAAUACCAGGGUAUAACAGGAAGGUUGCAUUGUGCAAAGGAGAAUUGUCGUGAGAGAUUUGUACAGUGGAAGGAAGAACAUCCUAGAGGUAUCAGGGAGGUGUUCCGGGAAACAUUCUUCGGUAUACCGUCAUCUGAAGAUGCACCAGAACGAGUGACCCAAGACGGCGAUGCUGGUGAAUACAGCGAUUUAUACAGACGUAAAAGCCGGAUAGAACUGAUGAGAAUAUCAGCUGCAGUGAUGGGCAUUGAGUUUUCAUAUGCGGGGGAGACUGCCUUCGUGUCACCCACGUUGCUGCAGAUAGGCGUGCCGCAUCAACAGAUGACGCUGGUGUGGGCACUGUCACCCAUGAUCGGGUUCUUCAUGACACCACUCCUCGGCUCAUUAAGUGACAGAUGCAACUCCAAGUUUGGAAGGAGAAGACCUUUCAUUGUCCUCAUGUCAAUCGGAGUGCUAUUAGGUCUAAUAUUAGUACCUAAUGGAGAAUCAAUAGGAUAUGCUCUGGGGGACCUGGGUACAAUAAACAGAACUGAGGUCCCCGCGGUGUUGGGCCCUCGGAGCUCAGUGUUGGAUAAUCCAGGAACCAGUCACCACCCUUGGGGUGUGUUCUUUACAGUUCUUGGUACUGUGUUCUUGGAUUUUGAUGCUGACGCAUGUCAGAGCCCUGCGAGGGCUUAUCUCCUCGAUGUAACUGUACCAGAGGACCAUGCAAGAGGACUCAGCACCUUUACCAUCAUGGCCGGUUUGGGAGGUUUCAUGGGAUACGCUUUAGGUGGAAUAAAUUGGGAUGAAACUACACUUGGAGCCAUCUUCGGUGGGCAUGUGAGGGCGGUGUUUUCUCUUAUCACUAUCAUUUUUAUCGCGUGCGUGUCUGCCACCGUGACCAGCUUCAAAGAGAUUCCUCUGAGCGAGCUGCAUGGUAAUGAAGAGCUCAGGAAACCAGCUCAGUGUGAACGCCUGCGAGAGAGCUUCGACGCUGAAGAUGAGGAUGUUGAGAAAAAUGGUUUAAAGGUAGAAAAUACAUCGUACGGCGCUUUGAAUCAACCGGAGGAUGAAAUUACCAAUAUAACACUUAACGUUCCGGAGCUCCCUCAUGGAGGUGAACCUUUGUCAUUGCGACAUUACCUAAAGUCUAUAGUGGUGAUGCCAAACUCACUUCGCGUGGUCUGCUUGACGAAUCUAUUCUGCUGGAUGGCGCACGUCUGUUAUUCACUCUACUUUACGGACUUUGUAGGCGAGGCUGUGUUCGGUGGAAAUCCUGCUGCGCCGGUGGGCAGUCCGAGCAGAGUAGAGUACGAGGCUGGCGUUCGGUUCGGCUGCUGGGGCAUGGCGAUGUAUUCGCUCUCAUGCGCGUGCUACUCAACUAUUAUUGAAAAACUCAUAAAAAGGCUUGGAGCAAAGAAGGUGUACGUAGGCGGUCUGUGCACGUACAGCUGUGGCAUGAUGUUACUGAGCUUGCUGCGAGCGCGAGCCGCAGUCAUCCUCUUUAGUUGGACGGCGGGUGUCAUGUACUCCACACUCUUCACCAUGCCCUAUCUGUUGGUGGCACACUAUCACGCAACGGGAAUGUGGGACAGUAGUGGUGGUGGUAGCGGGGAGGAGCGUGGCAUCGGGACAGACGUGGCAGUAGUGAGCAGCUGUGUGUUCGUGGCGCAGCUGUUGGUCAGCUUCAUCAUGGGUUUCGCUGUAAAGGCGAUGGGAUCUACAGCAGCUGUAGUCACUGUAGCUGCCGUAUUAGCUGGCGCGGCUGCCUUCACUGCCACCAAGAUUACUUACCUUGAUCUGUAAUUGUUACUUUGAUCUGUUGAUUGUUCAAAUAUUUUCGUUAUUACU